UGGCACAAAACAUUAUUUCAACGAAGAAACAAUCACAUUUAUUAAUUAAUGUUACUAAAUAGUAACAUAUUUCAUUUUCUUAAAAAAUCAAAAGUUAAACGAUGAUGCGAUUUAUGAGUAAACUGUGUAUGUCCCUAGUGGUAUUAUUUGCGUUAAUACGCCUUUACCAGUGUACCAAUAGCAAUGCAUUCUUAAAAAUGGAUAAGAAAUACUACCUCGUCUCGGAAGCUUACAACAUGGCGAAGAAUCUCUUCAACCAGGGUCGGAACAACUACAUCAGUUUGAAGAGCAAGUCCUUGAAAACCAUCGAUACUUUCCUAGAUCUGGUGUAUAUCAUGAAUGAUGAAAUGUCCAAGGAGUUGAGGAGUGCGGUCCUCAAGUUUUACAAAGUGAAAUACUUGCACGAUUUCACUAAUUAUAUUAUUAGUAUGGAAGAGAUGAUAGAAAUAGUGGAGCACUGCCUGAUGGACCCGAUGGAGAAGCUGGAGCAGAUCCGCACGCAGUUCCACGACGUCAUCAAGAACUUCCAGGACGUGAGGAACUUCGAGUCGGUCAACAAGUGCCAUAAGGAACUGCCUGACGAGGUCGCUGCGGCGCACUGCUUGCUGCAUCAAGCGGUUCUCUUCAACGAAACAAUGCAAGAAAGCCUAGUAACAAUAGUGGAAAUAAAGACACGCCAACACGCACAAGACAUGAACUCCUCACUAUACAACGUUCAGACGUGCAUCAACAACUUUGUGCCGAAGUUCUUCGAGCAGCUGAUGCUGGACGCGUAUACGGACAGGUGUGGCUACCUGAGGGUCGUGAACGCGUCUAUAGCAGACCUCGUGAGGGACAAGUGGAGGGGCAAUGAAACUGUCUUCCCUGAGAAGUGGAGCCCUCUUGUUAGACUGCUGAAGGAGAAAACCAAACAACCAAUCAGUGCGCUAGAAGAACCGUUACAUUUGACUUUAUUCGCGGCAAACCUAUCGUCCCAGGAUGUUGUUAGAACUUUAUACAAAUGAAAUAUGUAUAUUUCUGCAGUUGUACCUACUUGUAUCUAUCCCUAUGAUCCUCAUCCUAUUUAAUAGUAUAGGUAAUUCAAAUGUGAGUAGGUAAGUUAUGAGAGCGUGAGUGUUUAAAAAACUUAACGUUGUUCCCACAGGACAGCGGGUAACAGCAUGUUGGAAAAUGAUAGUUAAGUUAAUUUGUACGUUCAAAUAGGAAUAGAUUAUAAUAAUCAUUGAAUGGAAUUCGAAUAAGUGGGUGGCUCACGUUGA